GGGUCACGUGACGCACAGCGGGGCGGAAAGAGCCGAGCGAGACGAAGAUGGCAGAAUCAAGGAACUGUGGAGAAGGAUCAGUGAUGGUUUCUGCGUUGUUUCUCGCCGCCUGUUUGGCUUCAGCGAGCAGCACGGCCCAAGUGCCGCUUCUUAUGUGGUCUAGCAAAAGUUUGCCUCCUCUGGCUUCUCCGCCGGCUGGACACAUAACAUCCAUGGAGGAGCUGUCCACCUACCUGACCCCUGCCUUUGGCUCCGGCUCCCACACCGUCCUCCUGUUCCUGCAGGACAAGCUAAGCAAAGAUGACUUUACCCGGUUUGGUGGAGUGUUUGGAAACAAGCAGAAAAGUGCCUUUAGGAAUCUUGAGGCAGCACUCCAGUCCUCUUCAUCAGUGACCUUCCCGGCAUUGGAGUGGACAGAAGAGUCAGCCAUCCCCACUCUGCUGCAGGAGAAGCUUGGUGUUUCCCCCCUGCUGGUAGAUGCAGAGACCCUGUCUCACCUGAGCCUUAACACAUCCGUCAACAAUUUGCUGCUCUUCAACCUACCUUACUGUAGCAACUCAACCAAGCCUUGCAAGGAGGUCCUUUCUGAUAAUGAUCAGGUCAUAGGAAAGGUUCUGAGUCUCCUGAAGGCCAAAGAUGUUUCAUACACAGCAAUAUACACAGGGCUGCAGCCAUCACAAGUUAUUUCAGAGCCCUCUAUAUUAAAUCAGCAAGUGGGCCGGACCUUGUUACAAGCCCCCGGAGCUGAUGUUAGGCCGCCUAUAAUGUUUAAUAGUUCUGGAGGUCCCUGCAUUAUGCUGUGGGCUCAGAGUCUCCUAAUCAGCCUUUCAAGCACUCCAGAGUGGAUCGAUCUCGCUGCAGAAACUCCAACAUUAUCUGGAUCCAUGUGUAACAGCACAAAUUCAAUGCUGAUGCUUAACUUUGUGAACUACACUCUGAGCUUUACAAUGAGUCAGCGGUUCUAUCCAGUGUCUGCUCGAAACUGGUUCACCCUGGACUCUGUGCAGCUGCGGGUGAAAUCAACCGGUCAAACUGGGUCUUUUAUCGGGAGUCGCGGGAUCUACGCCCCCGCGGAGUAUUCCUUCCGCUGCCAGUCGGUCACCAGCUUUAGAGACGCCCUGCUAAUUCCCAGCAACCAAAACGCGACUCAGUGGAGGCUGAAUUUCGUCGACUUCCAGAUUCAGGGCUUUGGUUUGUCCAACGGGACAAACUUCUCCUACGCCAGCGACUGUGCCGGUUUCUUUAGCGCUGGGAUUUGGAUGGGCCUCAUCACCUCACUGCUCAUGCUGCUAAUCUUUGUGUAUGGCUUGCAUAUGAUCAUGCAGCUGAACACUAUGGAUCGGUUUGAUGACCCCAAAGGUCCAUCAAUCUCUGUCCCUCAGUCAGACUGAAGCCUUCAUUCAAAGACGCGGUGUCUUUCAGUGCCUAAUGCAGCCAGAGGAGACACUCUGCCAUAUUGCUUUUACGUCUGGGCCUUUGUAGAUGCUUUUUUUUCGUUUUCUUCAGCAACUCCCUGACAGACGUUUUUAGAGGCUGUUGUGUUGUUUUUGUUUGUUUUUUUUAAGCCACAUUCCUUUUUCUUUUUUUUUCUUUUCUUCAAACAUAAUGUUUCAAAAUUGAUGCAAGUCAUAUGAUUUGAUUUCUUGUCUAUGUGCCUAAAGAUUGUGCCUGGUACAGCAAAUAUUUAGCAAAAGAAAAAAAAGAAAGCAAUUUGCACUUACCAGAGAAUGCCUUUAUUGCCAAAAUGCACGUGGUCGCUGAAUGCUGUCGGACCAUCACAGACCUCAAAUCUUACUUUUUUCUAAAUAAUUUGCCAAUAUGACUAACACAAAAGCUACUGGUAAUGCAGAAAGUGCCUGAGUAAAAUAUAUAUAUUUUCACUUGUAAGCGUAUGGCCACAUGAGUUUAUCACUUGUGUUCUCUUAAACUGUAAUUUAUUUGUAUAAAAGAAUUUCUCUGUUUGCCUUCCGAGCCUAUGGGUUAACAGCUAAUCCAUUUAGUACCUCAGUUGGACGUUUGUCAAAAACUAUUAAUGUGCAAAUGCUACUUCGUGUACUGUAAAUGGUCUCUAAUUGCCAAUAAAAAAUAAAGUGGAUUUAAUAAAGGUA